AUGCCUCCUAGACGGUCGCACAAAAAGUCGCGCGCGGGUUGUCGGCGGUGUAAAAAUCGCAAGAUUAAGUGCGAUGAAGUCCAUCCGCGCUGCGGAAAUUGCUCCAAACAUGGCGUCAUGUGCGAUUUCGAGAGCCGCCAAGUGCUCGAUGAACUACAUACGCUUCCCACCCCUACCACCAGAAGUCCCCAGGCGCCUGUAUCCGCGCCGGCUUCAGUGAGUCCGAGACCCAUGACGGCGACGGCGACUACGAUUGCGACUACGGCAGCACCAUCGACGAAUAUUAUGUCCAUGUACGAUAAUCGUCGAAUAUCUCCUUCGCGGCUCUCCCCCCCUAGUACCGUCUCAACGCCAUCGCUCACGCUACCAUCCGUCCCCAUCAUCACAUCCAUGACCAAGCAAGGGGAUAGGCUCCUGGAGUUUCAACUAUGGCAUCAAUACAUCACCAGCACCUCCAAGACUCUCGUCAUGAAUUCUCCCGCCAGUACAGACAUCUGGCAGAAGGAUGUCCCACGCUUCGCGCUCGAAGGAAGGACCUACUUGAUUGACGCAGUUCUCUCUGUAGCUGCUCUCCAUUUACGCUUCAAGAACCCCGACGACAGGGUCAUGAUUGAGGCCUCUCAUGCAUAUUCUGCGUCUACCUUGGCGGAAUAUUGCCGCUCGUUAAACAAGGGCAUCACGGCAGAAAACGCGGAUGCCCUAUUUCUCACUUCAUGUCUCAUUGCUUUCCAGGCGACUGCAUCUCGGCUCUUUGUUAAGGAAGAUGGCGACCCAUCGGACCUAAGUGAACCACAUCGCCGAUACGCACUACCUCUUUCUUGGUUCCACGCUUUCCAAGGUGUCAAGACUAUCGUGGCUACGUCGUGGCAGUGGAUUCGCCACAGCGCCACGGUCAAGGUCGUUAUUGACUCCCAGCCAGGCUUCAUGCUUGAUUUGAAUCCUUUGGGCCCUGAAUCCUUCUUUGGCCAUCUUCUCGACGACUUGGAUGAAGAGCUGGAACAAGAAGACGAAGCCAACAGAGCGGCAACCAAUCAGGGAUACUUCCAUGCUGUUUGCGUUCUCAACUGGGCCCACAAGAACCAGUACGCUCCCUCCGCAUUAGCCCUUCCAUCAACCGUUUCAAGGCGUUACGUCGAGCUCGUUGAGGCUAAGCGACCCCGUGCCCUCGCCAUUCUAGCCUGUUUCUUCGCGUUACUCAAACGUAUGGAUAACGUAUGGUGGUUGGAUGACGUUGCCCGCCGAGAGGUCAUGGGUCUCGUGAGUCUGUUUGAGACGGGUUCGAAAUGGUGGAGGCACCUUGAAUGGCCCAUCCGUAUUGCUCUAUGGGAUGGUGAAGCUGACGCCAUCCCGGCUGACAUAUGGGGCGUGGAGCGCAAGGAGAACCCUCCUGUAGACACAAACAUCUCAGCCGCGGAGUCGAUACUGAACCACAUUGAUCUCAUGGCCAAGAUGAUGGACAGCACCCAAGGACCGCAGUCAAUAGAGUCGAUACCUGUGAUCGGUGAUUUGGAUGGCUUGGUACCUCCGCCUCUGGACUAG